CCCUGUCCAGAUGCAUGAGUCCUCCAGCAGCGAGGAGUCAGAGGACCAGACAAACAGAUUCAACAUCCGUUUAUGAGCCGUCCAGUGCUAGCUCAAAUGACUCUCAUCUAACAGAUACACAUCAUGAAGACUGUAAUCCAUUGGAGGAGAAGAAAUUUAUUGUCUCUGCAUCAAAGAUGUUGGGGUUAUUCAACACCUGUAAGAGAUGCAACAGAUUCGCCACAGCUUCCAUUCAACAAGUAGUUGGUACGAUGGUAAAGAUCGCUGCAGAGUGCGAGUUUUGUUCGUUUAAAUGGCAGUGGUGCAGUCAGCCCUACCCUGGAUCCAUUCCUGCUGUUAAUAUUGGCUUGUCUUCAAGCAUUCUCUUUUCGGGUGCCCUGGCUACAAAGGUUCUACGUGUCCUACAGUGCAUGGGUGUUGCUACCAUCAGCAGUAGAACCUUAACAACCCAUCAGUCAACUCUCCUUUUUCCUGCAAUCACUCGUGUUUGGGACAAGAAUCAACAUGAUUACCUGAGACAGGCAAAAGAGAGGAAUCAACCCUUUGUUAUAGGAGGCGAUGGCCGUGCCGACUCCCCUGGUCACUGUGCCAAGUUUGGAUCCUAUAGUACCACUGACCUUGAGGAAGGUGUCGUUAUCGAUAUCAAGCUAGUGCAGGAGAAGUUGGAUGAAUCAAGAAAAAAGUGUUCAACUGGUGAUAAUUCACAAGAAUGCCUAGGAAAUGAAGACACGUAUCCAUCUGAUGUAUCAGAGAGUGAGGAAUCGGAAGAGCAUGAGGAGAUGAUUUGUUGGAGAAUUGGGGAGACGAGUUGUGGAACUUGGAAUUCUAGUGGACAAUUUGGAAAAAGGUUGUGCUGCGUGUGGUAG